AUGGAAAAUAAACGAAAAAUAGAAUCGGAUGAUGAUGAUUUUUCAAUAGAAAUUCUCAGCGUCCAAACAGUGAAGACUAACAAAACAACAACAGCAGGAAGCAACAACAAUACAGAAGAUGAGAGUUUGCCCAGUUUUAUAUCAACGCCAUCAGCAAGAGAACGUUUAACGAGGAUGGAAGAAGAGUUUCAAAAUAUAGCACCGAGAGAUCGUAUUAACAAGUAUUACUCAUCAUUUACUUCAUAUAAUAACAUGGAUUUUUCAUCGGUUUUGAAUGAUCCGAAGGCUUUGAAUAAUUCAUCACCAAGUUUAUCAACACUGUUUUCAUCAUGGUUUGGAUCAAGUAGUAGUUCUUCAUUGAAUAGUGCUACUUCAUUAACAUCGGCUGAAUUAUUGGAAAAACAAUUAAUGGAAAUUCAUGAUUUGACGGAUGAGGAUUUUAAAGCAAUUGCAAAUGUUGAUGCUAGAAAAUUUGAAGAUGUAAAUGUAGAAUCGUGUUUUGUGAAAAACCCGAAAGUAAAGAAUGUAAAUAAUAGAAAUGUAACAACAUCACCAUCAACAAUUUCACCAACAUUCGGAGAUUCUAUUAAUAUUGAUAGUUUUAAAGAAUAUAUUCAAUUAAUAGAAACAUUUAAUCGAGAAAUGACAAAGUUGGUGCCACACAAAUCGGAAAAGAGUUUAACAAGUAAUCUUAACAUUGUGGAUUACAUGUCAAGGAGAGAGGGCGUACCUGCCUACUUUUUUGAUGAAAAUUUUGAACUUUCAACACCAACUUAUUUCAAUAAGGUUUUUAGCUCGGAGAAUGAAUCUGCAUCACUACUCUUGCAGGAGAAAUUGAGUUAUUAUCUGGAUCAGGUUGAAAACCAAGUUCAAACUCAGGUCAAUAAGAGAUCCAGUGAAAUUUUCGAUUCCAUGAUGCAAUACAAUGAUCUGUAUGAAACACUGAUCAGCUCUAUACCUCUAGUUGGAUCUUUAAGAUCUAAAAUUAAGAAAUAUGAGGAGAAUGCUGUUUUGAAACCUUUGGAAGUUGGUAAUCUUGUAAGAAAAAAGCAAAAUCUAACCAAGACAUUGGAGUAUAUUGUCUUGAUUGAUUCUAUUCAACAAAGUCUGACUGCUGUCAAGGUUAUGGUUGCAAAUAGAGGGGACGUCUUAUCAGCCCUUGAAAUUAUCAAUACUAUUGAAUCUACUCUUCAGGAACACAGUGAACUGAGCAAUGUUAACUGCCUAAAGCACAUACCAAAAGAAAUUGAAGUUGAAUUAGGUGUAAUCGACAUGACAAUCAAACAAGAAAUUUCGGAAUUAAUAGCUGAAAUACUUCAAAAGGAUACGACUUCUUCAGAUUGGAACACUAAACUCGCUUCAUUAUUGAAAGCCACUCUAUACAGAAAUCUUGCAGUACCUGUAAUGGCUCAUGCCAAAAAGCUAGUACCUUCAGAGACUGAAGAGCUGAUGAAAUCGAUCAAGCCACCAGUUUUCACACCCUCCACCGAAGUGACCAAAGAUUUGGCAGAUUCAUGGUGUAAGAGUUUUGAUUCCAUUGUUUCAUUAGCCCUAAUUAAACUCCAGAGAUUUACAGAUUUUUGCUUUGCUGUGGAUCAAUUUUGCAAAGAAGAAAAUGAGAAAGCCGAUUCCAGUACCGACAAGAUUAUCAUUAAUACUGUAAAACUGAAAAACCUAGGCCGUGAAGUUGCCAAAAUUCAAUCCUUCAUGCACGAGAGUACUCAACAACAACUUUCAAACUUUUGCUCUGGUAUUGAUAAGGUCAUUUCCAAAUUUUCACCAACUCUAUUUUCCACAUACAUGGCUACAGGUAGUAAAUUCAUCACCAAAUCAGACAGUAUGGUUUAUAAGAAAUGUACCAUACUGAAAGGAAAAUUACAACAUCAUGGACAGGUAUUUUUGGAUGAUUUCCACACCACUUAUGUCCAAAGAUUAAAGAAGAGACUUGCCAGAGAUACUUGGGAAGCCGUGCCAUCCAUUCCUGAAAAGUAUCAAAAGUGUGCAUUCCUAUUGACUGGUGAAGCUCAAGCCAUGUCUUUACCUCCUCCAACAACUGUUCCUGCCUCUACUACCUCCCAGAAGAAUGCCAAGACUGCAGAAGAAGACAAAUCAUCUUAUAUUUUAGCCAAUGGUAUCAAAUUCAAAUUAUCUACCAGUGCUCUCUGCCUACUCAAGUUUAUCUAUCAAUAUUCUCAGCUAUUAUCAAACGAUUUUUCAUUUAUUAGUGCAAUUGAUCUUCAUGGAAGAAUUUUGCAAUUAUUGCAAGUUUACAAUUCAGAACUCAAAGAAUUGGUACUCAUGGCCAAGGCAAGAGAGGUCAAUAGUGCCAUCACAAGUAUAACACCAAAACAUUUAAUCCUGGCCUCUGAUUGUUUGCAUUAUUUGAUUCUCUUGAUGCCUUACAUUCAAUCCAAGAUUGAAACAGCACUUCAAGAGGGUCAGAAGAAGCAACUUGUCAAAUUUGGAGAUUUUAUAACUGAUUUACUAGAGCACAGAAUUGCUAUUUUCGAAAAGAUUGUCUCAAUUCUGGGUGAUGCUCUCAAAUACCAACUAUCUGAAAUUCCAAAUUAUAAUUGGACUAAUGUAAAUGAUAAGAAUCCAACACCAUUCAUUACCAUGUGCAAGCAAGCCAAUAGUGUUUAUAGAACAUUGGGUUCGAGCACCUUCCUUAGUUCUGAUCAAUUUGAACAGAAAAAGUAUUCCAAACGAGUUUAUGAUAUGCUCAUUGACAAAAUUUGUGAGGCAUUCGAACAAAUCAAUAAUCGUUCUCCAGAAAUAUUCAGAAACGAAAUUGUCAAAAAUAGAGCAUCUUCAGAUUUAGUAGUUAUUCAGAAAGAAAUUCAAAAACGUACAGAUCCAAAUGAUCCUCCAAGAUUCGAUAAGCUCACCAAGCUUUUGUAACAGUAUACGAUUUAAAACCACUAAGCACCUAUUUAUGAAAUAAUUUAUUUCUUUUUUUGAUCUCUUGCUCCUGUCAAUUUUUCAAGAGAAUAGAUAUAGUUGACAUUGGCAAGUUGUUCCACCAGUUUUCUCAACAUUACUGGAUUGGUUGUGAACAAAUCAUAAUACUUCUUUGCCAAAAUAAAUUUAGCCUCUGUAAAGUUUGGAGCCAAUUCACUUCCCCACUGUUGAUCAUUUAC